AUGCCUGGCUUGCAGUUCCCACACAUACGACCAACAGUCCUUGCCUCAGUCUCCGAAGCCGCCCCGUCGCAAGCCGACUCCCCACGCUGUCAAGACUGCUGGCGCCGCGGCCCCAUAGACUCCAACUCAGACUCCGAUGACGAGAGCGAAUCCGAUGACGAGAGCGAAUCCGAUGACGAGAGCGAAUCCGAUGACGAGAGCGAAUCCGAUGACGAGAUCGAGCCGGAAUCCGGUGAUGCCUCUGCCACCUUCGAGCGUAUCCGGGAACACAUCAUUUUGGAAUGA